UGCGCUGAGGGCUGUGCUUCGCUGUCACUAUAGCACAGAAAAUGCGCGAACAGCUGUCACUGUGCAGGAGGAACGUGUAUAGUCCGCGCCGAUCAUGUGGAUGUACCCUGAACGUGUGUGCUUUAACGGCGAAAAAAUAACUUAAUACUCUGGCAACAGUUUCGGGUUGUAGCUUUCGGUGGAUUUCUUGAAGCAUGAACACUUUCUGCAGUGACACGUAUUAAGUGCUUCAUUUAAAGUUUGUACUUUACUUUGAUAUCCAAAACGGAACAGACUAACAUACUGGUGACUAGAAAUAAUGUUGGUGACAGCUUAUUUAAAAGGAUGCAUGAUGAGAUGGCGUGAAUUCUGUUGUCAGAUCUUAUCAUGUCCAUGUUUGUGGGUCUUUAAAAGCAAUCCAGACUUUCUUGCCUUAUCCUUGAAUCCUGGCAUAGUUAAAAUUCUGGUUGAAAACAGCAAGACGGUGAAGUGGUGUGCCUUGCUUGCUGUUUUCCCGUGAGCCGAACAGGUCCGCUGCAGAUUUCCAGCCAAAUCUGUUUUGUUAGUUAUUAAUGCAUAGCAGUGUGACUGGCCAGCCAUUGCUCUGAAGGAAGCAGAUGGUAUUGCAUGUGGUCAGUGUACUUUAGGCAGGCUAGUCAGGUUAUUUGACGGCCCACAGGAUGCACCUACUCCGCGCUUUGAGGCCGCAACCUCAGACCCAAACGAGAAGCCGCAGCCAGGAGCAGGGCCAGAGGGCAUAGGGUCCGCUGCUGAAGGUUUCUGGUUUGAAUCCAGCUAGUCAGCCGCUUUUUGGGUUCGAAUUCAGUCAUGCAUCACCAAGACAACUUAAUAAGAGUCAAGUGUGAUGUUUAGCUAAGGAGUACGGCUGCAGUUUGUGCCUGUUGUGUCUCCUGGUAGCGGUUCUGUGUUGCUGAGACUUUUCGUAAAGGCGACGUCAGCACGAGUCUGUCUGCCACACCUGAGCCCACUGGUCUGGCGAACAUCCCGCUCACCCCGGAGACAGCGCGUGACCAGGAGCGGCGGAUUCGCCGCGAGAUCGCCAAUAGCAACGAGCGCCGCCGCAUGCAGAGCAUCAACGCUGGCUUCCAGUCGCUGAAGACUCUGAUCCCGCACAGCGACGGGGAGAAGCUCAGCAAGGCAGCCAUCCUCCAGCAGACUGCGGAGUACAUCUUUUCUCUGGAGCAGGAGAAGACGCGGCUCCUGCAGCAGAACACUCAGCUGAAGCGCUUCAUCCAGGAAUUUAGCGGUUCGUCCCCCAAGAGGAGGCGCGCCGAAGAAAAGGACGAGGGCAUCGGCUCUCCUGACAUCCUGGAGGAGGAGAAGGCGGAGGACCUGCGCAGGGAGAUGAUCGAGCUCCGGCAGCAGCUGGACAAGGAGCGCUCAGUGCGUAUGAUGCUGGAGGAGCAGAUCCGCUCCCUCGAUGCUCACCUGUACCCUGAGAAGCUGAAGGUGAUCGCCCAGCAGGUGCAGGAGCAGCACAUGCAGACACAGACGCAGACGCUUCUCCGGCUGCAGCAGCAGCACGAGCAGCUAGAGAGGGAACUGCCCCCUUGCAGCCCACAGGUGCUGACCCCUCCGACCCCUCCGGCCCCCACUCACCACGCCACUGUUAUUGUCCCCGCUCCCACGUUGCCUCCACUGCCCCAUCAUGUAACCGUGGUUACAAUGGGCCCGACCUCUGUCAUCAACACAGCGUCCACGUCACGGCAGAACCUGGACACCAUUGUGCAGGCCAUCCAGCACAUUGAGGGGACGCAGGACAAGGCCUCGGUGGCGGAGGAGGAGCAACGGCGAGCUGUCAUCGUCACCCCCGGCCGCGUCCCGCAGGACGACCCCGGCUCGGACACGGCCUCCGACAGCGAGGGCCCUGAGGACGGCUCCCUGCCCUGAUCUCUACCCGCUCUGGGGGUGGGGGGCAGUGACCGUGGGGGAGGGACUCUCCACACACACAUGCGGCACUCUGAUAGGCUGACAGACACUUGAGAGACUGACUGACAGACAGGUCCAGCUUGCGGAGCCAGGCCCGACCCUCACUACUGACCAAUCAGCCUGCGCAGCACAUCUGGCCUCCCCGCUGCCGUCUGCUCCCUGGUUCCUGCCGACAAGCGGGCCCCUGAUGGUCAUGGACCUCACAGUACCGGGCCUGACGUCUAACCUCUGUCAGCCAUGCCUCCCAAACCUGAGCGCUCCAGACGACUCGCAGGGGAGGGGCUGCGAAAGGCCCCGCCCACCUGCCCCUCCCUCCAUUUGUUUGAGCUCCUUGUCUUUCCUUGUCUUCAGCACUCUGGAGGAAGGCUGUGGUUUUUUUUUUAAGUGGCUUUUUUUUAAAGCAAGAUUAUGACACUGUGAGCCUUUGAAACUCUGAUCUGUUCCACGCUUUUGUCAGAGGAAAUGCUGUUUUUUUUUUUUUUUCUGUAUGUGUUUUGUUUUACUGUGUUCAGUGUCCGCUGAUGGUGUACAGCAUCUCCUUAGCCAGAGAAUCACAUUUUUUUUUAAGCUCUCAAAGCCAAAACUUUUACCCAGCGACAUGAUCGGUGAUAGGCUGACAGAUGGGUGAGAUUGUUAGCACUGUGCCCCCCCACCCCCCCGGGGGUCUGACAUGAUCACUCAUUAAUCACCUACAGAAGCCACGUUUCUGUAGGAAAAAUUCGUCUUUUCCACCCUGACAGUAGGACAGCCUGCUUGCUUUUUACCGCGAUGUCUCCCGUAUUCAUUUUUUAACCCCCCCCCAAUGAAUUUGCAUUGGCCUAAUGCCGUCAAUAAGCUAUCCUGCAGGUCCUGCUGGGUCACGCCCUGUAGAUGACUUUUGCGAUUUCAUUUUUACUAUGUUUUUGGAUUUAAUUCCCCAUUGAGUUUUGCUACAGAUUGUUUUUCCCUGAUACGGUACAGAUUCCUGUGUGUGUGUGAGUGUGCGUGCGCACGAGUGGUGUGUAGUGUGUACUGCCUCGCAGUCUUCAUGGGGGCCCCUGCUGUGUCUGUGUAUCCCAUGUAGUGUGUUUGGCUGGGGGGGGGGGGGGGGUAGCUACACUCGGUCACCCAAUUGAAACUAUGCAGUUGUACGCACACACACACACACCCCCCCACACAGGAUGACUUCUCCAUGCCUUCAGACAGUGAGUGUCUCAUGAUGUGUAAAAAUGCCCCCCCGUCUGCCGGCCCCAUGAAGGGAGGCUGCGGGGGCUUUAGUGGUUUUCUGGACUAGUCCCAUUCAAUGGGCUGCACAUCUCCUCAUUUUGGUCUGUUGGUCAUUGUCUCACGUUUUGUUACUUGAAUGGUGGCAGAAGCCAGGAACUCGCUGGUUUGUGUGUUUGUGUGUAUGUGUGUGUAUGUGUGUGUAUGUGUGUGUGUGUGUGUUUGUGUGUAUGUGUGUAUGUGUGUGUGUGUGUGUGUGUGUAUGUGUGUGUAUGUGUGUGUGUGUCCCCUGUCACAGCCGGCUUAGGUGCUACAAGGCAUCCGCACCUUGCUGAGUAAGAUCCUUGUGGUUUUUUUUUGUAACCUUUAUACAUGUAUAUUUCUGUAAAUAUGCCAGUGUUUAUCCUAUGCUUCAUAACCUCUAUAUCCUUUCUGGCCCGUCACAUUAAGGGCUGUGGAGCGUUCUGAUGCACCUACGUAUAGGAUUACGCGUCAAGCGUUCCCUUUGUGUGUGUGUGUGUGUGUAUGUGUGUGUGUUUUUUUUUUUUGUUUUUUUUUUUCCAGGAACUACAUCUUAGCUCUCCCCAUUUUAAGCCAUGCGCCACUAGGAUUCCCCGGUGGUAGAGGAUUAUGGGAUACAGGUGGCAUUUAGGACAGCCGCUAGCCUUAAUGCAGCUGUGAUGCACUAAUGGCUGCCGGUCCUCCAGGGCACCAGAGGGCGCCUAUUCCUUUGGGAUAGACUACGAUGGCCAGUUGGCCGCUGCUAUCCUUUCUUCAAUGGAGCUGAAGUUUUCUCGUCUUUGGUUUUUUUAAGCUUGUCCUGGUGAUUAUCAUAAAUGAAGACGGCAUUGGCAGAUGCGGGUGCUUCUUAAACAUUCCAGCACAUUCUCUGUAGUUUGUCCCCCCCCCCCCCAGCUAAUCAUCAUUGUCUCAUCUUUGGCUGCAUUUGAUGUCCCCUUUGCUGCUAAUCAGCUUUUUCAUUUUUAAACAAUUGUGGUUUUUGAGUUGACCCGCCCUCGCUUUCACUGCAUAGUGAUAGGAGGGACCCUCUCAGUGCGCCAAUGGCAUCAAAGCAAGGCUCAUGAUUGACAGGUGUCCCCAUGUGGGCAGGUCUGUACCCUACAUCCCAAGCUAGAAAGGCUCUGUGGAGAGCCCGCUGCCCUGAAUAGAGAGUCAAAAACACUUAUUAUUUUCCAGGUGGGGUUUGGGGGUGGGGCAGGGUUGAAGUCGGACGGUUAUUUUAAAAACAGAUCCAGUUUUGUGUACUUACGUCACUUCAGGCCUUUUCAGUAUCUGCGCUUAAUCAUUCCCUCUACUGAAGCCAUGAAGUUUUCACUUUCACUUUUCUGUGGGCCUCCUGUAUGGAUCAUUUAUACAUAUCAGGCAGUGUGGACUGCAGAGGCCCAGACUGGGGAUGUGACUCACAAGCACUUACUGUAGUACCGAUGGAGGCCUCUGUUGCUGCGAUGACUUUCUUGCAACAGAAUGCUCUUUGUUGCUAGUUCACGCCGAAAAGCUGUGUAACCUCUCCCCUUUGCUGGACCCCUCCCACGGCGCUCCCCGGUCUCCCCGUAGGCGUCCCCAGACUGCCCUCCCACGGCGCUCCCCGGUCUCCCCGUAGGCGUCCCCAGACUGCCCUCCCACGGCGCUCCCCGGUCUCCCCGUAGGCGUCCCCAGACUGCCCUCCCACGCGCUCUGGGGGCUGUCUCCCUGUAGGCGUCCCCAGACUGCCCUCCCACGGCGCUCCCCGGUCUCCCUGUAGGCGUCCCCAGACAGCCCUCCCACGGUGCGCUGUGGGCUGUCUAUCCGUAGGCGUCUCCACAUCUCCCGCUUUUCCUUCCUUUUUAUAAUCUGUUUGGUUGUUCUUCGUUGGACUCACUCAGUCCUCAGUCAUUGAGAAGCUAUAAUAUUUUGUUUAAAAAAUUGGGGGGCGGGGAAAAGAGGCUUGGCCUUUGUAAACAAAGAAUAAUAAAGUUUGUACUUUGUUUUUUAGA